AUGUUUGUUGGGGUGAAGCUCAAACUGAAGUUGGGUGAAGAUGAUAAGAAGGUUGAGGUCACCCUUGGCCGAGUUCUUUCACGCCAGCCUGGGAUCGUCGGUCGGAAUACUUGCGUUGUCGAGGCGACAUCGGAGCACGAUGAGUGGAAGGGUAAAGAACUGGUCGUCAAGGUCAGUUGGCCUGCUACCAGUCGAAAAUCGGAGACAGAGUUUGUCAUUACAGCCAGAGAGAAGGCGCGAUCCAUGCCGGAAGGGAAAAGGCCAGACUGGGCCUUAGACCAUUUGCCCGACAUUCUCCUUUCUCAAGACUUUGAUCAUGGCGCGGAUUCUACUCAGGCGAAUCUCGUGGCCUUCUUUGCAAAAGCUAUGUUCGCAGAGGCGGAAAAGUUCGAAUAUGAAAAACGCGUCUGUCGAAUUACAGUCCAGGAGAGGCUGUACCCUCUGGAAGAACUGCAGACGGUUCAAGAGUAUGCUCAGAUCUUUUUUGAUAUUUUGCAGAUUCACAAAUGGCUGUAUGAUCACCCAGGAAUCCUCCACCGUGAUAUCAGUCCCGGGAAUAUCAUGUGGCGCCGCACUGUCGACGGUCAUUUACGUGGGGUCCUCAAUGACUUUGACUUGUCCGCCUACCGACAUGAGACUGGCCCUUCAUCGCGUCAGCGCACCGGUACUCUACCCUACAUGGCGUUCGAACUCCUCAACAAUGACAACAAUGGUCAUCCACCGAAGCACCUCUAUCGACACGAUGUAGAGUCCAUCUUCUACGUCAUUCUCCUCCUCUGUUGUCGUUACGAGGUUGUGGCUACACAAGACCUUGAUGGACGCCCGAUCCUGGAACGCACGCAUGUCCCUUCCCCAUUCGACAGCUGGUAUAAACUUGAUCGUGAUGGUUUGAAAGAGAAGAAGUGCUAUUUCAUUACGACACGUGGCUCUCCGAAAGUGAAUAGUGGCUUAACUGACUUUCAGCCCUGGUUAAGCUGCCUUCACCGGCAAUUCAGGCUAGGAUUCGCUUCCCAACAGCUUGCACAAGAGGAGACGGAACUCAUCGAUGGUGACACACUACAAGGGCGGGUUUCUUACUCAGUGAUCCUUGACAUUUGUCGCCAGUUCGCUGGUACGGCCCUAGUAGUACACAACGACCAGCCUGAAGAGGUUGCCUAUGCGGGAUAG